AUGAUUAGUGAAUUCACUUUUGUCGAAAGAGUGGUGAUCGAGGUGUACGUGUACCUUUGGUUUCUCCAACGAGCAUGGAUAACCGAUAGAUUUGAACAUCUAAGAUGGAAGCGUUUGAAAAAUAUGGAGUUGAAAUCUAUCGUCAUAUUAUCAAUUUUGGUGAUAAUGCCUAUUCAAGGGGCAUUCGAUUUGAUAUGGAUAAAUUUGAAAUAUCAAGAAGGUUUAUUCCAAGUAAUGGACAACGAAAACUCCACGUUAGUUCCGAAAUAUUAUGAUCAAUGGGCAACUUCAAACUAUCGUAUUAAGAACGUCACAGAGUAUUUACUUUGUAUAAAUUUUGCCCUUCAAACAACAACGCUUCUUUUACUACAAUUGUUCUGGAAUCAUCUCGCGAAUCAUUGGGGCAGAUCAUUCAUGGUCUCAUUGGAAUUUAAAGUUUAUGUUGUUUGGGGUUUCUUGUCUAUGACUUCGUUCCCCCUUGCUCGCUGGCUCACCAAAGAUGUCUUCCCUUAUACUGAGGUUAUACCGCAAAUGUUAUUUUCUGCCGAGUUAAUAAUUAUCUUUCUAAUUGGGUUACGAAACCAACGAAAGCUAUUCUUACUCCUUCAGUCAAUCCAAUAUCAAGAACAGCAAGAGACCACCGGUCAAGAGACUAUCCUUCAGAUUAAUUAUUUUAUCGAGAUGAACAUGCUCUUAACAGGAGGUGCCUUGUUAAUCGCCAUUCCACUCCUAAUUCUCGACAUUGACGCUCUCACAGGAAAAACUGUCAACAACUCAAAAUUUAUUUCGGAUUUAUUAAUGAUCCAUUGUAAUCUCAGUUCCCUGAUAUUGUGGAUAAUAACGAUAUUGAUUAUCUAUCCUCGAUAUUAUAUGAUUGGGCUGUUUGGUAGCAGACUUCUAAGCAAAAGAUCAUUGAAUCGAAUUAGUAAUAUUCCAAGUGGUUACUUUGGUAAACAUUCGGAUCAGACGGUUACUGGCGGAAGUAAUUUAGGUCGUAAUAGUUCCAAGUAUAGUAUUAGUAGCUCCACGAAGGCAAAGAGUCACUCGCACAGUAAGAUCAUAGACUUUGAACCUCUUGAAUUUGGUCAUGAUUUUUCCAAUUCUGAUUUUAAAAUUUCAUUUGACACCACGAACCAACAAUCAUCGAGAGGAUCAAUGAGUUCACUGGAUCAUCCUGAAUAUAAAAUCUCAAAUUCAAAUAUUUCUUCUACUAAAACGUUAGUUUUAGAUAGUCUUAGUAACUCACGACCUAAUUCAUCACGGCGGAACUCGAAAUUUUUGACCCCUUCUAAAACUUCAUUAUCACUUGGCUUACAAAAACCCCCACCAAGACCAGCAUCAACAUCGCUGGUAAAUUCACUUCCGAGCUACAGAAGUUCCUCGUCAUUACCAUUAAGUUCAUCGACAAGCUCGCUACCAUCAAACCUUAGAAACCAUUUACUAUCAACUUCCCUAUCUCCAUCCUCUCCACCGGCAUUCACAUCGAACCACAGACGCAUAUCAUCAGUUAAUGAGCACGAUGACACACGAACGUCGAGUACAAGCUCAAGCUAUGCAGAUGAUGAAAGUUAUAGAAGUUGUACGAACUAUUUGAUGGAUGGCGAUGACGAUAUACGAAGAAGUCUGUAUUGA